AUGUCUCAAUGGGAAACUAUUUUGGAUAAAUCAUCACAUAUAUCACCAGUGAAAAUCAAUCCGCCAAAAAACCAUUCCACUGAGCGGCUUGAAAUCCUGAUGAAAAGUAAAAGCACAACAAAAGCGAGAGCAACAUCACAUGAAUCGGAGGCCAGUAUAACAUCAAGGAGGUUUCCUAUCAGAGCUAUCAUCACAUCUACACUGAUUCUUGUCAGUCUGGCGUACAUGACAGCCUCAAUAGGUUGCAGCAUUAACAGAUCGAAUUCAGCCCACCAUCCUAUAUGUAGACGCGUUGUUCAGCUGCAAUCUCCAUAUGAACUGUACAAUGGCGCAAUGAACAAGAAUUUGAUCCACAACAGUAAACAAAGAUCAAGAGCAUGGCUGCAUCAGAAAAUGGAUAGCUGUUAUGAAGCCACAGAGCCAUACAUCUCCAAAGUGAAGCAGGGCUAUCGUUGGACAGAAACUACCAGUGUCAAGAGCGCUUUCAAGCUGACUAGCCAUGUUGUAAAAUCACUGAUCUAUACAGACGGGGAACAACUUGGUCCCGUGCGAUACAUAAACCAACUACAGAGCAAUUACAUAAAGCCAGUUUGGAAUUACAUCAAAGACUAUAUUCACAAGCAUAUGGUUCAACUUCGGCAUCAGAUGGACGAUUACAUUGAAAGCGGUUCGCAUGAACUAGCAUAUACAAAUGGAGCAGAGGAGCAAGGUGUUUCUGGUGGAAUUGUAGAGGAUAAACUAAAGAGAACGGCCAAGAGGAUCUUGGAUUACAUUGAUCAAAUCAACGAGCAAUCCAUCAAUACAGGAAUGAAACAAGACGAAGCUAGACUCAAAGCACACGAAAUUAUCAAGAGCAUCACAGAUGCAACAACUGCAAGCAAUCCAGCUCAUAUAAACAUAAUCGAUAUCAACAAGGACAGUUCAGAUGUUGAAAAAAUUGCAUACGAAAUACAAGAGAUCAUGGAAGUGGCAGUACUAGAAAAAAGGCAAUUGGAUGAGCAAUUGGAUCUGAUACAAGCAAAGUUAUCCUCUUUUGCUGUGACAGGAAAUGAUGAUAAGAACAAGGAUGAAAGAGACGUACACCAUUUCACGAUAGCAGCCCUCAAAUCAGAGAUCGAUAAUCUAAGAGCCAUUGCAGAGAACAAUGUGCGCCAAAGGGCAAAAGCAAGUGUAACAGUAGCUGAGAGCAUCAACAGGAGUCCAAGCAUCAAAAAUCGAAUGAAAGAGGACAUUCAGACAGCUCAGCGCGCUGCUUUGAAAGAUUUACGACAAGUGUAUGUUAAACUGUAUCAAACGAACAAAUUGAUCGAUACGCUUGCAUCCCAACAUUGA